GUCAUGAGUGAAUGGUGAAGAAACAAUGCCAUGCUGGGGUCAUACCAAGAGAUUAUUCUGAAUAAUAUUGUGUCCAUAGCAUAUCUGGUCACUUUAUAGUUUGUUAUUGGAUCAUGUAUUUUCAAGCUGGAGUGAUCAAGUUCCCCACAAUAAAAAUAUGAGAGACUGUGACAGCAACCUCUUCUUGCUCUGGAAUGGAACUAUUUUGUCAGGUACUCCAUUUAGUUUCUUCAUGCAACAAGACCAGAAGAGCCAUGACCUUCUUCCAUAGAAGAUGAGUUAAAAUGAAGGAAGCAGAUUUGAUUGAAAGACUUGAUGAUUUGGAUCUCAGAAAUGAUUGUGAUGUUCCAGAUGUUCCUUCAUCAAUAGACAGCACUCCAGAAAUCCUCAGAAGGGCUUUGUCGGGCUUGUCUGCCAGAUGGAAGAACUGGUGGAUUCGUGGAAUUCUAACUCUAGCUAUGAUUUCUGUGUUUUUUCUGAUAAUAUACAUGGGAUCUUUCAUGCUGAUGCUUCUGGUCUUGAGCAUCCAAGUGAAAUGUUUCCAUGAGAUCAUUACUAUAGGUUACAGAGUCUAUCACUCCUAUGAUUUACCAUGGUUUAGAUCCCUCAGCUGGUACUUUUUGCUUUGUGUCAACUACUUUUUUUACGGGGAAACUGUGGCUGAUUACUUCGGUACAUUUGUUCAGAGAAGAGAACAGCUUCAGUUUCUAAUUCGUUACCACAGGUUUAUAUCUUUUGCACUCUAUCUGGCAGGCUUCUGCAUGUUUGUUCUGAGCUUAGUGAAGAAACACUACCGUCUGCAGUUUUACAUGUUCGCAUGGACUCAUGUCACUUUGCUGAUCACUGUAACUCAAUCUCAUCUAGUCAUCCAAAAUCUCUUUGAAGGCAUGAUCUGGUAAGGGAAAAAGUAACAAACUAAUUUGUAACUCUAUUGCAUUGAAAGGUUGGCUCUGUUACAUAGCAGAUCUAAUUAGGGAGAGAUCUAAUUAGGGAGUUAGGGAAUAACC